AUGUCAUCCGUGAAGAUUACUCUGUUUCAAGGAAAGUUCAGGCUUGAUCGUCUUUUGGGCAAAGGUGGUUUUGGCGAGGUGUAUGCUGGCGUGCAGGUCUCUACUGGCGAGCCAGUCGCGGUGAAACUUGAGCGAAACAAAGGACGGUGUUUUCUUUUUCAUGAGGCGCGUGUGAUGCAGGAUAUACAGAACUCUAUGCCAGGCCGUACCACUCCUGGUAUUCCGGAACUGAAGUACUUUGGCCAGGAAGGAGACUUUAGGAUCCUCAUCAUGUCGCUCCUUGGACCAUCGCUGGAGGAUCUUCAUGCCAAACUUGGACGGUUCUCACUUAAAACAACAGUCAUGCUUGCGGAUGAAAUGUUAUCACGCCUGGAGUUUAUUCACUCAGUUGGUUAUAUACACCGAGACUUAAAGCCAGAUAAUUAUCUUUUGGGAGUUGGUAGGAAUGUACGUCACCUCUACCUGAUCGAUUUGGGCCUCAGCGUUCGUUACCGUUCAACCAAUGGCGAGCAUCGCGAGAUGGCAACAGGGAAGAGUUUCGUUGGCACCUCACGCUACGCCUCUCUACGUACACAUAAAGGCUUUUCACAAAGCCGUCGUGAUGAUAUGGAGCAGCUUUCAUAUAUCCUUAUUUACCUCUAUCGUGGGCAUCUCCCGUGGUCGGGGCUUCGAAUGAAGGAUCGUGAGGCAAAGGAAAAGGCAAUUGGUGAGAUCAAGCAGAAACUGACGACCGCACAAAUAUGUUCCAAGUGCCCCUCGCAGUUUGAAGACCUGCUUAAUUAUUCUCGCAAACUGGAAUUUGCAGAGAGUCCACAAUAUGAGAUGUGUCGAAUUCUCAUUGCGUCUGUUCUUGACACGAUUGGACCGAAUGUAAAGCACGAUUUCCAGUAUGACUGGGUAAAUGUAAGGAAGAGGGAUAAUUCGCCCCCGCCUCCGCCGCCAUGUAUUGUGACGCACGAACGAAGGGCGACGGAAAACAAAAUAAAUCUGAAGAAAGGGAAUGAAAACGGGGAAAAGGAUGCUGCAACAAUUGGAUCAAAAAUAUUUUGCUUCUUUCCUGGAUUAUCCUCAAGCGCGUCUCAGGAAAUGGUUUUGGUGAACGAAAAAUAA